CGCCGGGAGCUCGGAGCGGGCGGUGCGGGGCUGGGCCCGCCCAGGGCGGCGCCCGGAACCCGGGAACCCGGAGCCGGGAGCGCCGGGAAAGCGGAAGCAUCGGGGCGGGCAGCGCCCGAGGUCAGCGCCGGAGACGCCGGACCCCGGAGCCCGAGAAGCCAGAGCCAGGAGCGCCCGUGUUCAGCGCCGGGAGAGCCCGGAGCGGGACGGAUCCUCUGGCAGGAUGACCGUGGGCAUCUUUGAAGAUUGUACCUUCUGCUUGAAAGUCAAACACUUACCUCGUCAACAGAAGAGGAAGUUACAAACUGACAUUAAGGAGAAUGGUGGAAAUUUCUCCUUUUUAUUAAACGCUCAGUGCACACAUGUGAUCUUAGACAACGCUGAUGUUCUGAGCCAGUAUCAACUGAACUCUCUCCAGAAGCACCAUAUCCAUAUCACCAACCCAGAGUUUAUAUGGGAAUCUAUCAAGGAAGGGAAACUGGUGGACGUAAGAAAUUAUGACCCCUUAAAGUCAGUGGGCAUCGCGCCACCUCCUUGUCAAAAGGCAAGCAGCUCCGAAGUGAAAACCGAUGAUCCAUCCCUGGACAGUCACCCGGAGAAGGACGACGUGGCCCUCACCGAGUUUUCUACGGAGAAUGCUGAAAUUCCUCAUUUUCCUCAAGAUUUCGAAGUAGCAAAAUAUAACACCUUGGAAAAAGUGGGGCCGCAGGGAGGCUCGGAGACGGCGGUGGUGGAGCUGUGGUGCACGGGGCCGCCCGGGGAGCGCAUCUUCCUGACAUCUGCUCGCUUCCUCCUCGCCGACGGCACACAGACGAAGCGGCUGUUCUCUGUUCAGAAAAGCUCUGAAGACGCGAGUCAGCGCUAUGAGCGAUACGUGGAAGAGCUGCAGGAACAAGGGUUUCUGCUCCGAGAACAUUUUACACCCGAGGCAACCCAGUUAGCAUCCGAAAAACUGCAAGCAUUGCUCUUGGAGGAGGCAGUACCUUCGAGUGCGCUGAGCCAGGAAGUGAGCGGUUUGGUGGAGAUGAUUUGGGCAGAAGCUCUGGGCCGCCUGGAGCACACGCUGCUCAAACCUGUGAACAGGAUGAGCCUCAACGACGUGGGCAAGGCGGAGGGGGUUCUCCUUCUUGUCAAGAUGGCCGUGAAAAAGGGCGAGACAGCGGGGUAUCUGCACAAGAUGAUGAGCGAGUUCUACAGGUUAAUUCCUCACAGAGGCGUCCCAGCCGAGCCCGUCACCCUGCGGCUGGUGGCUCAGAAAGAGGACCUGUGCCAGCUAAUAAGAGACAUGGUUAGUGUCUGUGAAACUAAUUUGUCCAAACCCAACCCACCGUCUCUUGCCAAAUACCGAGCUUUGAGAUGCAAAAUUGAGCUGGUUGAGCCCAACACUGAAGAAUUUUCCAGAGUCAAGGAAGAGGUGCUGCGGAAUGAUCACAGAAAGAGUCCCGUGAACAUCCUGCAGAUAUUUCGCGUUGGCAGAGCGAGUGAAGCGGCAGAGUUUCUGAGCCAGCUGGGCACCGUGAGGCGCUUGCUGCACGGGUCUCCUGCCCAGAGCUUCGUGGGGAUCCUGUCCCGCGGGUUGCUUCUGCCCAAAGUAGUUGAAGAUCGUGGCGUGAAAAGGACAGAUGCUGGAAAUCUCGGGAGUGGAAUAUAUUUCAGCGAUUCCCUCAGCACAAGUAUCAAGUACUCGAGCCCAGGAGCCACGGACGGCACCCGGCUGCUGGUGGUCUGUGAUGUGGCGCUGGGCAAGUGCGUGGACUUGCAUGAGAAAGACUUGUCCUUGACGGAAGCCCCGCCGGGUUACGACAGCGUCCACGGGGUUCGAGGGACAGCCAGCGUCACCUCGGACUUUGAGGAUGAUGAGUUUGUCGUAUAUAAAACCAAUCAGGUUAAAAUGAAAUAUGUUAUUAAAUUUUGUAUACCUGGAGAUGAAAUAAAGGACUUUCAUCCUGGUGAUAAUACGGAAUUAGAGGAACACACACCUGAGAUUUCACAUUUUUCAAAGGUUGAAGAUCUCCAGUUACCGGACACCGACCCGCUCGGCCAUGUCAAGGCUGGCCUCCAGGACCCGUCUGGGAAUUCAGUUCCCCUGGAGGAUGUUCAUAUCAAGGGGAAAAUCAUAGACUUUGUAGCCCAGGUCAUUGUUUUUCAAACAUACACAAACCAAAGUCCUGUGCCCAUUGAGGCAAAAUACGUUUUUCCCCUGGACGACAAGGCGGCGGUGUGCGGUUUCGAAGCGUUCAUCAACGGGAAGCACAUUGUGGGAGAGGUGAAGGAGAAGGAAGCAGCCCACCGAGAGUACGGAGCGGCAGUCAGUCAAGGUCACGGCGCAUACCUGAUGGACCAGGAUGCACCGGACAUUUUCACCGUCAGUGUUGGCAACUUACCCCCUAAGGCUAAGGUCCUGAUCAAAAUCACCUACAUCACGGAGCUCAGCCUGCAAGGUGCCUGCGCUGCCUUCUUCCUGCCGGCCACCGUGGCCCCCUGGCAGCAGGACAGAGCUGUGAAUGAAAACACUCAGGAUACGGUCAAGAAGAUUUGUAUAAAGGAAAUAGGAACACAGCAAAGCUUUUCUCUGACUCUCUCUAUUGAGAUGCCACACCUGAUUGAAUUCAUCUCCAGUGACACCCACCAACUGAGACAAAAGAGAACGGAUUGCAAAGCUGUAAUUAGCACGGUCGAAGGUAGCUCCCUGGACAGCAGUGGAUUUUCUCUCCGCAUCGGUUUGCUCGAUGCGUGUCUUUCAAGGAUGUGGGUUGAAAAACAUCCAGAAAAAGAAAGUGAGGCCUGCAUGCUGGUCUUUCAGCCAGACCUUGGCAGCAUCCCCCCCGAGCAAGCCGAGCGGAGCGAAGUGGUCAUUUGUCUCGACUGCUCCAAUUCCAUGGAGGGCGAGACUUUCCUGGAAGCCCAGCAGGUCGCCCUGCACGCGCUGUCCUUGGUGGGGGAGCCGUGGAAGGUGAACAUCGUCAGGUUUGGCACAGGUUACAAGGAGCUGUUUUCAUACCCCAAGUGCGUCACGAGCAGCAGCACAGCGUCCGAGUGCAUCAGGACCGCUGCGCCCACCAUGGGAAACACAGAGCUCUGGAAGGUGCUCUGGCAUCUAAGUUUGCUCCCGCCUGCUCACGGGCUGCGAAACAUCCUCCUGAUCUCAGACGGGCACCUGCAGCACGAGAGCCUGACCCUGCAGCUCGUGAAGAGGAACGCCCAGCACACCCGGCUGUUCUCCUGCGGCGUCGGUUCCACAGCAAACCGUCAUAUCUUAAGGACUUUGUCCCAGUAUGGUGCUGGAGCAUUUGAAUAUUUUAACUCAAAGUCCAAACACGGUUGGAAAAAACAGAUAGAAGACCAGAUGGCGAGAUUGCGUUCUCCGAGUUGCCACGCAGUCUCCAUCAAGUGGCAGCAGCUGAGCACAGGCGCACCUGCGCCCCUGCAGGCCCCAGCCCAGGUGCAGGCCUUAUUCCACAAUGACCGACUCCUCGUCUAUGGAUUUAUUCCUUACUGCACACAGGCAACUCUGUGUGCAAUAAUUCAAGACAAAAAGUAUUCUACCGUGGUAUCAACUACUGAACUUCAGAAGACAACGGGAACAAUGAUUCACAAGCUGGCAGCUCGAGCUCUGAUCAGAGACUACGAGGACGGCGCUCUCCACGAAGACGAGACGCAUCACGAGAUGAAGAAGCAAACCUUAAAAUCUCUGAUUAUUAAACUCAGUAAAGAAAACUCCCUCCUCACACAAUUUACAAGCUUUGUAGCAGUUGAGAAAAGGGAUGGUAACGAGUUACCCUCUCCUCACAUUCCAAAUAUUUCGGAACUUAUUGCCAAAGAAGACGUAGAUUUUCUGCCGUACAUGAGCUGGCAGAAGGAGCAACCAGAUACCAGCACGGUACAGCUUCUUUCAGCGUUCUCUGAAAGCAACGACGAAUUCAAACCGAAACGUCUGUCUAAGAAAAAACUUAAGCUGCAGAAAUCUGCGGGCUUCGCAGCGGGUACCUUCCAAGGCAGAACGGCGCUCUCGGCGAGCCGCGUGGCGGAGCUGCCGCUGGAUUUCAGUCGGAUGGAGGCGCUCGAACCAACGGGAGUGGAGCCGCUGUUUCCACCACUGGGUGUGGCCAGCGCUUCUGCCGCCCCUCUCGGGCCGCGUUUCCUCCGCGCCCCGGCUCUGGAUUCGGCCCCGGGCGGGGCGCCCAGCUUUCUCUUCGGCUCCCCCCCGCGUCCCCUUGAGCUGGACGGGGCGCCCCACGUCUACCUGGGCCUCGCCGCCUCCACGCCGCCGCCCAGGAUCCACCUUGAGGGAGUUGGGGCUGCCUUCCGGGCCGGCGCCGCCUUUGGCUCCACCUGCAGCGCCCGCGCCCCGCCCGCGCCCCCGCUCCUCCCGGGCGCCUCUCCUCUUCCCCGUCCAACACCCCUAGCUCUCUGGGGUGCCCGUGACCUCUCCCUCCUCGCUCGGCGAGAUUGCUCUCCUCCAGUUCCCGCAGCAGCUCCUCGGAGCCCCAGCUACUCCCUUCCCCCUCCCCUUCCCGGGUCCCCGGCUGUUCCUCCUCCCCCUCCCCUUCCCGGUUCCCCGGCUGGUCCUCCUCCC